GCUGUCAGCUGAUCAACACAACAGCAAGCGAGCGGAGGCAGGAAAAAUAUUAUAAUUUCUUUUGGUGUUCGGUUUCUAUUUCUAGUACUGUAUAUUCUUAGCGCCCAGUAAAAUGGAAAUCUCAUUUAAAAGCAAAAGGAUUUUGGUUACCGGUGCUGGUAAAGGUAUCGGUCGAGGUAUAGCUAUAGAAUUAUGGCGUGCUGGUGCAAAUAUAGUAGCCCUAUCAAAGACUAGGUCACAUCUGGAGAGUCUUCAACAAGAAUAUCCAUCCAUAGACAUAGUGGAUGUAGAUAUUGCAGAUUGGGAGAAGACAAGAAGAGUGGUUGAGUCUUUAGGCACGUUUGAUGCGCUUGUGAACAACGCAGCUAUUGCCAUUUGUGAACCUUUCCUGAAUGCUUCAGUUUCAAGCUAUGAUAAAACCUUUGAUAUCAAUGUUAAAGCAGUACUAAAUAUAAGUCAAGUUGUUGCCAGAAAUAUGAUUGAUAAUAAAGUGCAGGGUGCCAUUGUCAACAUAUCAUCGCAAGCAUCUAAGGCUGCACUGAAAGACCAUGCCAUUUAUAGUGCAUCUAAAGCUGCACUAGACGGCCUCACUCGUGCGAUGGCGCUGGAGCUGGGUCCUCAUGGCAUCCGUGUCAAUGCUGUGAACCCCACAGUCAUCAUGACGGAAAUGGCCAAGGUUGGCUGGUCAGAACCUGCCCGAGCCAAUGAGAUGAAAGCAAAAAUUCCCCUGGGAAGGUUUGGUGAAGUAUCAGAAGUGGUGAAUGCGGUGGUUUUCCUCCUGAGUGAGCGCUCCAGCAUGAUCACGGGGGUCGAGCUGCCCAUCGACGGGGGCUUCCUCGCCACAUAAUAGUAGCACUAAGCACAUCACUCACCUGCCUUAAACAAACCUUUAGAACACCAAUGUAAUAAAGUU